AUGUUACUGAAUGUCGCGCUCCAGUUGGUCAUCGCUACAACGACCAGCUUGAGGUUGGUAUGGGCCGACUACGAGCCGGCGAGUUAUGAUCCCAUCAAUAUUCCACUGGCUCCGUAUAAUGUUAAAGUAAGUUACAACUUGUAAAUGAGAAGAUCUCUCUCACAAUACCCAUACUGUGUGCAUUAACUUAGUACUUUCUCUUUGACUAUCAAAAGCCUGCUUUAGUACCUUAUCGUAGCUUAUGACCUUUUGCUACAAAAACAGAGUAAAAAUAAAAGUAGAUCUCAAAAAGACAAAGUAAUAACUCUCUCACAUUCAGUUAUAUUGCAAAAGUGGUAAAGUCGAAAGCUACCCAAACAUGACUAAAAUACGACCGUCAAAAUGCCCUACAGCUUCAACAUCCUGCGGUUACUUUGAACUAAAAUAUCCGACAAACAAAACGACCGGUAUAUUAGACUGUGUCGAUUCCAGUGUAUUUAUUAGCGAGCAAGAUGAGGAACUUGGCGGCGGGGUAAGUUUUGCUUAACUUUUUUAUAACUGGCGUACACAAAAAAAAUAUAAACGAAAACAUGACAUUUCUAUAGGUCAAUUUAGGCGUCAUUUUGAAAUAAUUUUUUUAAAUUGUCGUUUGAUUAACUUUUAAACUCAAAAAAAUAUUUAAAAAUUUUUUCAUUUUUAAAGCUACUUAUCCAGUACUGAUACCGCCAUUUUCAGAUGAAUUUCAAUCGCCUUUGCUCGCACAAACCAAUGUGCCAUUUAAUACCGACUGUACACUUCAACAAACAAUUUCUUCGUUAUUUGGCCCGAAAUCACGACGUUUUGGACAUUCCAUCAGUCAUAAAGUUUUGUUGUUAUUUGAACCACGUUCUGCUCAACAAACUCAUCAUAUCCGGCCAGAAAACAUUACGUAAGCUUGGGUUUGGCUUUACUUGUUGAAUUUAACAGCUUUUGAAGUAUUGAACAUCAAAAAUAUGAGUGAUUUGAGAUGAUAAACUGGAAGAAGUUAUCUAUCAAGUUGUUCAAAUAAUUCUGCGCCCCUUAACCACAAAAAAUUACUUUUAGAGUGGACACGGAAAAUUAUUUGAAAAACCUAAUAUCUUGGCAAAAAAUGUAAAAAAUAUCCACCAAAUUAUGAAAAAAUUCAUAAACAAGCCAGUUCUACAAAUUUUUUGACCCUAGUCAACAAAUUUAACUUCUUAACCACACUCACCAAAAUAUUAUAGCUUCCGUGAACAGCACGCCAGUAAACUGUAACUCAAAAAAGUGUGACGAAGGUGCCAUAGGAUGCCUAACUCACACAAAAACAGUUCGAAUUGAUAAGGACAAUCACAUAUACGACUAUUUCGAUGUAAAACCGGUAGAGAUCGUGUGGGAGGAGGAGAUGACAGACGACGACAAUUACGAAAGCAUUCCACUGAUAACUUCAGAAUUGCCACGACAAACCACUUAUUGUGUUUAUCCACAUUUGAAUAAUGAGUUGUAUAGGUAAGGCAGAUGAUGAAUUGUGUAGGUAAGGUUAAUAUUUGUAUAGGUAAUUUGAAAUUUAAACUUCAAAUUGAAAUAAAUAAAGCUGAUAAAUCGGCUAUUUAUAUUAUUGUAUAGCAGCUAUAUGAGACCUUAAUUAUCGCCGAUGUUAACGUUCACCCUAGCGUGCUAAUUCAAAUUACUUUACAGAAGGAAGGCCUUAUAAAAUGUGAUAAGACCAAACUAAUAAAAAAUUUUUUUCAGGUAUUGUCUAAUGAUAUAUAACGAAAAAUUAACUGACAAUUGCUAUGUUCACAACGGCCAUACUGUUUGUUGUUGUUUUGUUGGACCAAGUAAGUUCUAUUUUAAUGUAAAUCACUCUCCUAAAAAAACUAUAACUUGGUACCUUUUUUCAAUUUAAAAAAUUUUAUAAAAGUUUUUAAACCUUUUACACUGAAUUUCACUUUUUUCAAUUAGAAUAAUUGAAUUACUAGCCAUUUUAAAAAGAUAAGCAUUUAAACUUUAAGAAAAUUAGCUUUAAAACGCCAUUUUUAAUAUAAAAAGACAAUUUCUCGUAUUUCACCCGACUUAAAUUCAGAUGACACCACCUGUAAGCUAAAACACAUCGAGUUUCCUCCACCAACGACCACAGAGCCUACAACAACAUUAAUCAUUCCGACCGAAUCAGCCAACGAGUCUUCAACGACUAAUAUUCCUUAUAAAGCAUCAAAAAGCUCGAGGAUGACGAUUUUAACUACACAAACACCUUCGUCCUAUGAUAAUAUGCCAUAUUCAUUUAAUAAUAGCUCAUCUGAUCAGAAAAAUGAUUCUAAAGCUAACAAUUCUUCAUCCAGACAAGCUAAUUUAGACAAUAUAAGUAAAUCUACUAUCAAUGAUUCUACUAUAAGUAUUGAACCUUCAAGAUCAUCAAUUGUUCCUCAAACAUCUAUCAAUUCAUCAACUACAACAAAAAGCCAAUCGACAUCAUCUUCACCUCUCCGAGUUGACGCCAUUGAAGGAGCACUCAUCCCCGAGGACAAAGCCUUAUCCUCCACCAGACGUCCCAUCAAUAAUUCCACUCGAAAACGACCGCUUUUAUCGACCAGCUACAGAAAGCCACGAUGUCGGAAGAAAUACGUUCAUGAGCCGCGGUUCAAGUCCAAAGACGAUCGGUCGACUAUCAAGGUAAUAUGGAAAUGUAGCGAUAACGACGAGGACGAAGCGAGCGGCACGAUUGGCUACACAACACUCACGGGCAUUCUACAUUUCACUUCUUUAUUUAUCAUUAUUACAUUGUAA